CGCCGUUUUCUCCACAAGGAUCCGAUCCCUCCCGAUCGCUUCUCGCUUCCCGCCGCCGCUGCAGGCGAUAACUUGAUGGAGCGGAUCCGGAUGCUUAAUGGGCCUCGGAUCCGACUAGAUUGCUUGAUUCCUCCUCAGAUUCCUAACAAGGAGGAGGAGAGAGAAAGUAGAAUGUCGAUGGAGGAGGUGAGGAAGGUUCUGAAAGCAGCGCAGUUGGAGAUGGCGAGGUCGAGGUUGAGAUCGAUGGAGAGAGAGUGGAUAUCAUAUUCGGAGUUCUUGAAGGUUUGCUAUGAGAUCUCGAGUUUGGAUCAGGGGUUGGGGAUUGCUAAAGCUCUCGAUGAAUCGGGAGCUGUGAUUGUUUUGGGCAAUGUCGUGUUCCUUCGGCCCGAUCAGGUAGCUAAAGCUGUUGAGAGCAUUAUCCCUCUAUCAAUCCCCCAGCAGAAGCAUCUGCCAAUUCCCCAGCAAAAUGAUUGUCGCAAGGAGGAGCUUUGGGAGCUUGAAGAGCAGAAAGCAGUAAUAGAUAAACUAGCAGAGGCUCGGGUGAAAAAGGAGCUAUGGUGUGGGCUUGGAUUUAUGGUGGUUCAAACAAUUGGGCUGAUGAGGCUUACUUUCUGGGAGCUUUCAUGGGAUGUGAUGGAGCCCAUUUGCUUUUACUUGACUUCCAUGUACUUCUUGGCUGGGUACAGCUUCUUCCUCAGGACAUCGAAAGAACCUUCAUUCGAGAGUUUCUUCCAGAGCCGCUUUGAUGCAAAGCAAAAGAAGCUCAUGAAAGCCUACAAUUUUGACCUUGGUAGGUUUAAUGAGCUUAAGCAAGCGUGUGGUUCUUUUCGUUCAUUUCCUUCAGAGGGCUCAGCCUCUUAUUGCAAUUGUCGUAAGAGAGGCUUGACAUUGUGCACUGAGUAGCUUUGUGUUUUUUGAAGUAAGUUACUUGGUGGUGGGAGGGCAAAAAAAAAAAAGGGAACAUAUUUACCUGAUUACAUCAAAUGUUGGAAGAGAAAAUUUCAAAAUGGUGCAAUUGUUGUUAUGAUGUAAUUUUCUUGCCUUAAGCGUUCUUUUCCACUCAAUCAAGACCCCAAAUCAAUAUUUUAUUGUAUUUGCUGGAAUUGAAUUCUUUCUCGGCGAACUUAUGUUUCUGGAUGAGAUAGGAAUGAGCUCAUCACGCGUGAAAAACCAUCACAGAUAAGAGAUGAGUACAGAGCCAGGCUUAGAGCACCGGCUUGAAAUAUUGAGAAAAGCCCAGCAGAAAGGGAACUCCCGUAUGUCGAGAAGUGAGUAACUGAAAAAUUCUUCAAAGACUUUAUUCGAGGAGUUGUUCUGUCUAUUUAGGCCGUGCAAGCUCCUCUGCUGAUCGUAAGCUAUACGAGACAGGUAAAUUGUCAUCAGGAGAGUUGGCUAGAAUUCAUUGAUGUUUUCAUAUUUGGUUCUGUUCCGAAUCUAGGCUAUCGAGCGGUGGAUUGCAUUCUUGUUUUCAAUCAAUUUUAGCAGUAGCCACCAACAAUGCUUUCCUCAGUUGCCUCAAUGCAAUUGGUUUUUUAUGUAGAGUUGCUUCAUGAUUUGCAAUCAGAGAUGCUCUCUCCUGCUGGGUGGAUGGAUCACGAUUGUUUUCCUCCUGACCUAUGUCGUGAACUUAAUGGAGGCAGACUGUGAAUGUGAAUAUGCACACGAGUGUUUUCCUCCUUACCUAUGUCAUGAACUUAAUGUAGGCAGACUGUGAAUGUGAAUAUGCGCACAUUGGACGUGUUCACGCUCAGUACUUUUCUAGGGUUACUGAUAAUGACAUCUGCAUGAAACUAUUCUAGGGUUACUGAUAAUGACAUCUGCAUGAAACUACAGGAAGCUGGUCCUGUAUGAAUCAGGACAUUAGAUGAUAUUGGAACGAAAUGGAUUCUAGAGGAUACAUUUAUAUUGUUUUGAUUUGUGUUGUAUAGCUGAAAGAGAUUUCAUUGCAUGGUCUCAUCACUCAAUCCUGGAGGCAGAAAUUUCCCAGAUUUUACACUCUAGCCAGAAAUAUUCUAAGUGAUUGAGGAUGACAACUGAAACUUUCAAGUUAAAUGAGGCUAUGGUGUCUUUCUUGUUUGGCCUGAUUUACUUCUCUGUCAGAUUUUGUUGUAGAUGUAAGUGCACAGUAUGUCUUUUACUAAAACAUUACAGUCAAAUUUCUUAUCAUGUAAUCGAUACAUUGCUAAAUUUCAUUUGUUGUGUGAA